AUGUGUUUCGCUUUUGAACAAGUCUGGACGUAUCAAGAACCGUUUGCACCGUACUACGUGGCAGCCUCGAACGUCGAUCUGCUCGUGGUGGUAUGCGCAGUCGUUGCCGAAACAUCGAGUGCGUUGGCUGCAAAGAUCAUUGGAUCUUGUACAAAUCAAGUGCGUUGUGGGGCCGUACAGUGCCAUCCCAAUACUCUUCAUAGCAGAAAACGGACUGUCCAGGCAGAGUUGCGCACGUUGGAGCGUCGUCUAUGCAUCAAGCGUCUGUCCAAUGCAGCCGUGCUGCAACCGAACGCGCCACGAGGUGCCAUAGCCGUGCCAGCGGUGGAAUGGAAGGAGGUGUCCGCCGAUGCCAGAGUUGUAAAACCCUCUUUUUCAAUGCAAAUCUCCAAGCAAACGUUGCUUAACGAA